UCGAGAGCAGCAGAAAAGAGUUACGCGAUCAAUAGCGUUUGCCGGUCGCACGUGAAAAGAAGGAAAAAACGGCUAACCGCGCGUCCACGUGAACCACCGCGCGGUUAGCGCGAACUGCUGCAGACCAAUGCAUACCGGUUCACGUGCAGGCCGCGACGGUUCUGCAAUGGCUUGUGCUUCGGCGCUCCGACGAGGUCACGCGCCAUGUAAGCGUCGGCCGCGAAAUUGCUCGCGUAACUCGGCCAUUGCCGCCACACGCUGCAAGCAGCAAGCGCAACACGCUCCGCGGCGGGGAAGGCGGUCGGCGGGGGGCGAGGCGCGCGCGCGCGGAGUAGGAGAAGGCCUACCUUUCCACCUAUUUGCCUACUUGACUGCCACGAGUCUUACAGUCUAUGUCCCGUUCUUGCGCGCGUGUAACACUUUUCGAUUGACCGACUCUUUUCCCGCAAUGCUAUCGGGCCUGGCUUGUUUGUCGCCGAGCGUUCGCGCGAACCCCACGACGAGUCGAUGACGCGGCCGCCGCGGCGCGCUUUUUCUCUUUAAUUGCCGAGUUGACGCAAUCUUACGUAACCUUACGAAAAGUCGGACGCCUCGCAAGGCGGCUAGAUAUAUCGCGGCCGAUAACCGUUAUUUCGCUUCGAAGUCGUACAACUAUUCGGUCGGCGUGCGCUUGCCUCGGCGGCCCGCUCCUCCGGCCGCUGUGCCGCGAGCGCGCGAGGCUGGCUGCGGAUGCUCGCUCGAAGGAGGCCACGCCGAGGCACGCGCGCGUGCAAUCGCGAGCCACGGCAGCACCUGUCCCGAGCAUCGGCGCUUCCGUCGAGUCGCUCGGCGCAUCGGCGCAUCGGCGCUCGGCCUCGUCCGUCCGAAGGGCCGCGCGACGAGCUGCCCGCCAGCUGACGUUUCGCAAGCGCUCGCCGCUGAGACGAAUCACGGCGGCGGCCGCGCGCGCACCUGAACCGCGCUAUCGGUCGUCCCGUGCACGUGCCUAGCCUCGGCUCGCGCUAUCUGCCGGGCGCAUCGCGCUGCCGAAUCGGGGUUCCCCGAGGCGCUCCUCGGCGGAGGCCCGGCAGAGCGGCGGCUCGCGCGCUUCGGCCACGUGCUGCCGCUAACGACAUUGCGCAACCGGCGCUCGAGCGAGCGGCGUCGCGGCGCGGCCAGCGACGGCAGCGGCACGUGUGCCUCGCUGCGCGUCCACCUCCUGCCGCCGGCGGAGCGGCCUCUCGAGGCGCUCUCCUCUUCGGCGGCGCUCGCACGUGGCCCCUCGCGCGAGCUCCCGGCCGCUCGCUCUUGGCUGUUGCGUCGGCUUCGCGCGCAUGCAAGUGCAGCGCUCGCGCGCGCUCGUGUCACGCGGCCGCUCGGCACGCGCGCCCCUCCUCGUGCCGCGACUCGCCAGCCGACCGUGAUGCAUGCCUUUGUGUUGCUGCCUCCGCGCGUCAGCUUGCGCCUUCGUCGCGGGCACAUGCGUCAUCCUCAAGGCGCCCGCGUCCGCCUCCCCGGCCCCGCUCCGCUCCGACGCGUCGCUGCUGCACUACGUGUCGGAAAAAACAUGCGACUGCUGCACCGUGCCAGCCAGCGCGUACACGUGACGGCUUUAUCGCGCACUAGUGCCGAGCCACUCUUUCCUCUCCAAAACUCAAACUCGACUCCACUGGCGCUCUCCCACCUUGCAUCCGUAGCUCCCCCCGCCUCUCUCGCUCUCUCUACGUGUGGGUGCGUGCAUACGGUAGGCAGAGAGUGUCAACAAUCAUACGGAUAUGCAACGUUGGAUAGUUGACGCAUGUUUACGUCCAGACCAGCAGUAUAGGAUCUGCUGUCGUCGAGGUUUAUUGCUAAUUGAAGGUGGCACUCGAAAGACGUGUCUUGGUCUCGCGGAAGAAAAAUACGGCGUCGGCCUCCAUGAAUAUUGUAAAGUUGUCAAGAGCAGAGCACAAAGUAGCACUGUACGAGGACACUCAAGAUAGACGUACAUUGCCACGUCACUUACGUGUUACAAAAAGAGGUCGAACGUUCGAUUUGCGGUCACGUGCAAGAAGAGUCAGUCCCUCGAUGUGUAAUACGUAUUUAGCAUGUGUGUCGAGUGAGCGAGAGAGAGAGACAGACAGACAGACGGACAGAUCGACUCGCCGCGCUUUUAUAUCCGUGGCUCAGUGUCAAAUACUGCACGUGGGCGGUGGCACAUGUGUCCGGCGCAAUCAGCUCACCUCGUACCUCCCGUACAGAGGCAGAUACUCUGCCUCUCUCGCCGCUCCUCGUUGCUCUCGCUAUCGUUGUUCAUCGGCCCUUUCUCCAGCGCGGCUGCUCGCAUCAAACCACGAUCGAUGCGCGGACUUGCUAUUAUUGCUGGCACUCGAGAGUCACGUGCCACACGAACCGUUUGCACUCGCGGUAGCCGAGCCACGUGUAUCCUCGUGAUAAACCAGUCGGUCGUCGCUGUGACCAGGCGGAACGUGGCCCGCGCACCUCGAUCACUUGCGCUAAUGCUUUUAGAAAGCGAAUUAUGGUCGCAGAGUUCAUCACUCGGCAGAGUGGAUCGCCCAUCAACGGUGAGACCGCGUGUUUGAACACCAGCGGCACCGGGAUGCAGGUCUCGCACAGCAUGGCCCACGCCGGAGGCUCGCACGAGGCCCUCGCCUCACUGCCUUCUAUGGCCCACGCCAGCCACCACGCGCACUCCCAGGCUCAGCAGCAGCAACAGCAGCAGCAGCAGCAGCAACAGCAGCAGCAGCAGCUCCACGCGCAGAGUCUGCAGCAGCCACCGCAGCAGAUGGACUCAGGCCAGACCGCCAGUAACGAGAUGUACGGGCAGGGCGGCGCCAGCAACGGGAGCAGCUGCAGCAACGGCAGCCAGAGCAGCUACGAGCUGCGCAAGGAGUUGUUCUCGCAGCGCAAGCAGCGCGAGUUCAUCCCCGACAACAAGAAGGACGACAGCUACUGGGACCGGCGGCGACGCAACAACGAGGCGGCCAAGCGCUCCCGCGAGAAGCGCCGCUUCAACGACAUGGUGCUCGAGCAGCGGGUCAUGGAGCUCAGCAAGGAGAACCACAUCCUCAAGGCCCAGCUCGACGCCAUCCGCGAGAAGUACAACAUCUGCGUGGAGAGCGUCAUCAGCCCCGAGCACGUGCUGGCGGCGCUGCCCGCCGAGCCCGGCCUCGUCAAGCGGGCGAAGCUGCAGAGCUCGGCGGCCGCGGCCGCCGCGGCGGCGGCCCUGCUCUACGCGCGCACGCCCAGCCCCGUGCACACCUCGGUCAUCCACCAGCCGGUGAGCGUGAGCGGGGCGCGCUCCGCGCGCUCGCCCGGCCAGCUGUACGCCGCCGCGGCCGCGCAGGCCGGCCCGCUGGCCGCGGCGCAGCAGCAGCAGCAGGACGCGCUGCUGCAGCCCCAGCCGCCGCUGCUGCUGCAGCCGCAGCCGCCGCCGGCGCAGCCGCAGCCGCCGGGCUACGGGGCCGCGGCCGGCGCCGAGGCCGAGGCCGGCUUCCAGUACCCGCACUUCUCGCACCCGCACCCCGCGGCCGUGCACGGCUUCGAGGGCGGCGCCGCGGCGCUCAACCUGUCGGCGCGCUCGCGCGAGCGCGCCAGCCACUCGCCCGCCUUCUCGCAGCACGAGCACGAGCUGUCCAGCUCGGCGGGCAGCGGCGACGAGGGCCACGCCGGCCACGGGCAGCGCGGCUCGCCGCUGGCCGGCUCGGCGGCGGCCGUGGCCGCGGCCGCGCUCGCGCUGCAGCUCGGCGUGCACGGGCCGGCGCCCGGCGGCGGCCCCAACAGCGGCCUGCCGCACAAGCUGCGGCACAAGUCGCGCCUCGGCGACAAGGACGCGGCCUCGGCGCUGCUCGCGCUGCAGGGCAUCAAGCAGGAGCCCGGUGCCUCGGCGCGCGCCUCCCCGCCCUGGGACAACGAGGGCUCGAGCGACGAGCGCGACUCGGGCAUCUCGCUGGGCGCCGAGUGGCCGCCCGGCGGGCCCAGCCCGGCCGCCCAGCCGGCGCAGCUGCUGGCGCACCCGCCGCAGCUGCAGCACCACCAGCACGCCGCGCUGCCGCUGCCCGAGAGCGAGCGCGAGGUCAAGUCGCGGCUGGACCGGCUGGCCUCCGAGGUUGCCUCGCUGCAGUCGAUCCUCAGGCUCAGCAAGGUGGGCGUGGGCGUGGCCGUCGGGGUCGGCGAGGCCCUCGUCGCCGCGGCGCCCUCGCACGUCUAGUUCGGCGCGCCUCGCUCGGCCCGAGGGCCGUGCCGCUCUGCUCGCGCGGUGCUCGCGAGCUCAACUACUGUGAUACGGUUUAUAGCGCCUCGCUUGGACCCCGAACUUUUCUACGUUUUCUGUGUACGUAUGCUUUCUCUACACGCCUACGCAACGAGACGGCUCUCGCCCUCGACUUCUUCAUCUACUCGGCAUCGUCUACAUUAUUCCGUUAUAUUCGAUAUACUUCCGUUAUUAUUCUACUGUUAUGAUUAUUACGCUGUCGUCAUUGUCACCGUUGAUACUGUCAGAUUAGGUCGUCAUUAUUACUAUGAUUACCAUCGUCGUCGUCAUCGUUAUCAUCAUCAAAAUCAUCAUUAUUAUUAUUACUAUUGUUAUUAUUAUUAUUAUUAUUAUUAUUAUUAUUAUUAUUAUUAUUAUUAUUAUUACUAUAUUACGAUCAUUAUUAUAUACUUAUUGUUAUUAAUAUAUUAUGAUUAUACAUACACAUGUACACCGUCCUAUGCAAUCAGAUAGUACUAGUCUCCUGUGUAGCAGCUACUUAAAACGGCUUCUUUAUCAUAUACCUUGUGAUAUUGGUUUGACGCACAACUGUCUCUAUCUAUCUAUCCACCAUCAUACAACAUUUGAGAAUAAUUCGCAAUACGGAUCAAAAAUCAAUUUUAUUUUAGUAAUAAUCAAUUCAUACAUGUCAAUCGACUUCUCUGUGUCCACCAUCUCACAACGUACUAUUUACUUUUUUUCCUCAUUUUCCUUGCAUAUAAACUUUACACGUAGAAACCACACGAAUAAUUUAGCUUUAUGUUUAUUACCACGAUGCACGCAACGAAACAAUUGGAUAUUCUACGUAAAUUAUUAUUAAUGUUAUAAACCUUUCUAGAAACCACGUACUUGGAUAAGUAACUUACCUUUAAAUAAUUUUUGAGUAUUACGCAGAAUUGUAUUGGUGUCUUAUUUAUAUAUUGAACGAUUUUUGUGUUGAUAUGCGACUUUCCUGCCUAUAACUUUCAUUUUCUUGAAUCUUUUGUAACAACUGUUUAUAAUACAAAUCCAGAGUGCCUGUAAUAUUUGCAUGUCAGGAUUUAUUUAUAUAUGUUAUAAGACUUUGGUCAAUUUGCGUAUUAAAUUGCACUGUUAUGUAACAUGUACAGGUGUGUGUAAAUGACUUGAACAGCCAAGUAUGAAGGUUUACAUUGCGUCGAAAGCAACGGGGAAAUUAAUUUUUUAAGGCAAUGGUUGAAUGUCUCUUUAUGAGUUUACUAUCGAUAAAUAGUGUACGUAAUAAGUCUAAUGAAAAAAUAAUUGUAAGAGCAAUAGUUUGGUAAGAUGUAAUAUUGAUUAUUUAAUUGAAUGCGAGCACUGAUGACGCUUUCAAGAAAGGCGGGACGCAUGAAAUUUCGAAAUGGUCAGAGUUGACAAAUGAGAAAUAAUAAAUUUCAAUUCAAUUUCUGCAAUGAAAGAUGCAAGUUUCAAUUAGUAUUGUAAAUAUCUAAGUAUCUAAUUAUAGGUUUAUACAUAUGUCUGUGUGUGCGUGUACGUGUGUGUCUGCGUAUGUGUGUGUGUGUGUGGGCGCGCGCGUGCGUGCGUGUAUAUGUUACUGCACUUAUGUGAUAUGGAUAGCAAAUGAAGAUUUAAUGCUUCAAUGUAAGAUUGUAAUCACAAUUACGAGCGAAAAGAAAACAGUUUCAUAAAAUUUAUGUACUAUUUAUUAUGUAGGAUUGUAUAAGCUUCAAGGUUGUACAGAGCGUAUAUUAUGUUGAGAGCGAAAAAUGACCGAAAUACAUUUUUAUUUAUUUUUUACGUUAUUAAUGAGUUGUUAAAAGCAAAUGCCUCGUCUACACAUAGACUUUGAGAUAGUCUAGCUUUAGCUUUCAUCAACGUCAAAUAACUUUUUUCCUAUUAUUAUUAUUAUUAUUAUUAAUCGAAAACAAAUUGUUGGUUAUAUACAAUUUUACACAUUCAUUUCAAUUAUGUUUUGUUUACGUUGCUCAAUGAAAUAUAUGUCUGACAGGCAGGCCGAUACUAUUUCAAAGUCUAUGUGUAGGCAAGACAAUAUAUGUAUGCAAUGGUCUUAUCAGAAAUUGGCUUAGCAAAUAUGAACUUUUUAUCAAAUUAUGGUUGGAAUAGUGUACAUUGGAAAACAUUUUUUUAAUUCAUCGAAUGGAAAUUGUCACUUAGAUGGAGCCUAAUAUAAGACUGUUUAUCAUUAUUACCAUUGUCAUUUUUAAUUUACGUUAUUCAUGGAAGGAAUUUGAAAAUCUAUUUCUUCUUUUAUUUUUAUAUUAUUUCCCGCUUAUGAAUGGUGUACAUACGUAAAGUUGAAGAGCUAACAUUAGUUGGUGUAUGCGUUUUGUAAAAUGGUCAAAAUUUAUGUCAAAUUAAUAAUUAAACGAAAUGGUAUUAAAAAGUUUCAUGUCACUGAUAUACAGUUCUUCAGAAUACUGUAUCUACGUUGACAAAGAAUUUAGAAACAUAGUCGGAUAAGUUUGAUACUUACAUAAGAAACGACCUUAUUUAUAAAUAAUGUAUUUGAUUAUUUAUAAGAGUCAAUUCGGCUGGAAUAAAUGUGACCAGCAAUAAUAUUUGAGCGUUAUUUCAUUGUCGAUGCCCUAUAUCAUGGAUGAUCGCAUUAAGCGGAAGAAUAAGUAAUACCUCUUCAGAAUAAUAUUCACGAGUGCCCAUGAAUGCGGCAAUUUUUAUGGAUAAUUGAUGCUUCGGUUACUCGAAAUGGACGAUUAAUUGAACGAGCCAAAAUUAACUUAAAUUUUUAAAUUAUAUUUGAAAAAAGCAAGUACCAAAACAUAAGAAUUUGCUGUAGCAACUCAUAAGAUUUUAAUCAAUAUGAAAUUUAAAGAAUUGUCCCUCUAAGGUCAAAUUUUAGAAGAUAAUAACAGAGUUGUCGACUGCAAAGUGGUCUUCCUUGCCGCCUCUUGAUCAUCUGUGAAAUAGAUAUGAAUGCUGCAAUAGCAACGAGCGGUAUAUGCUAUCGAAGAUGGUAAAACAGUUUUGCUGAGAAUCUCAUUCAAUCGUCCAAUUUCUUUUAUAGAGCACGAUUUCAACAAUCUACAAAAUGUAUUAUUUUCUUCGUAUUGACAGUUUGAAUAAAUUGAAUAUUCUUCAAUGUAAUCAUUCGAAUGACUUGCUCAUUACA